GGAUCAUAUAGAUCCGCUCAAGACAACUCUUGAUCCCUUUGUCAUCGGUCUGCUUAAUAAUCCUCCAACUCCUGAUGCACGAUAUAUCGUAUCAGAAAAGCCAGUAACGGAAGGAAACACAACACCGAAAUGAUGGCGGCGCAGCAAAAGCGCUAUCUAGAUGAAAAUGACUUCCGCGAAGGACUUGCAGCGCUCGACAAGGAACUGGGCGCCAACGAUUUCAUAGUAGCAUUCGCUCCAAUUCGCAUCAUCGCCGCCGGCGGCUUUCUGGCGGUCUCGUAUCUGCGCAAUCGUGAAAGCACCGGGGACAUCGAUUUUCUCAUGGAGCCCGAAUUCGCCGAAGACAAGGACAUUCAGCUUCCCUUGCAGGAAGCCAUCCGCGCCGUAGCAGUUCGGCACUCGUUCAACCUGGAGUGGGUCAAUGAGGAUAUGGCUGUCUUUGUGACCAGGAACACUCGCCAGGCCUUGUUCGCCAAGGCCGAGAGGCAGAACAUUACGCUGUUCAAAGGAGAGAAUCUCGAGGUUUUGGCGGCUCCUCUGGAGUGGGCUCUCGAGCGCAAAUUCCGGCGCAUCCAGUCCGGGGGCCGCGAUCAGAAGGGGGAUUUCGAUAUGCUCGACGCACUUGCGCUGUUGAGAGAGCUGAGAGUACGCAACAAGGGUCCUCUUGACGAAGAAUCGGGCCGCACGAUGGACGUGAACGGCUUCGAUGUCCUCCCGACCCAUGAGACCAUGCAACGGAUAGGGAGAGAAUAUCGGGCAAAAUACGGGGAGGAUGUCUUCAAGUAGAGCCCGGCUUGGCAGGAUUCUAUGAACCAAAGUAGAGGUG